AUGAAAACGUUGAAGUUCUUGCAAUUAAAGAACCGGAACCCUGGAGGCCGACAGACCAGACACAGCUUCGCCUUUUUUCGUACACAAGAUGAAGGCAUAUCGAAUAUACCGCCCCCACCUCCAAAGCCGGAGAAGGAGAGGUCAUCUUUAAAGACGUACCUUUCGAAAAGAAGGAACAAACGAGAAGCUACGUCUCGAGAGGUUCGUGCCUCCGCCGUUGAACUUGUAACCAUAAACGAGCUAAAGGAAGAAAUACAACAACGCGAGGCCACGCUGGUCACCUUGGACAAGAGGAUUAAGGGCAUAGAGUCCGAAAGAGACCGCGCCCGCACGGAGUUACUGAAUGCACAAGCGCAGCUAAAAGAUCGCGGUCAAGAGGUCAGUGACCUCAAGAGCCUGGCCACCGAGCGCGACCAAAUGAUAGAGCAGUUGACCGACAUGGUGAAUGAGCUAAAAGAAGAAAGAAGCGUAAUACAGAUUGAGUGCGAUAAGACAAAAUCGGAACUCAAGUCUCGCGAAAGUGAAAUAAGACACCUGAAUUUGUCACUGCUUGAAUGCGCUCAUGACCUGCAGUCCACCAAGACCGAUCUCUCCGCGACGAUAAGUGAGAAAGAUCACGCGCUUCACGACAUGCAGCUGAAACUAAGUGAACGAGAAAAGCUGGAUCAAUCCAAGACCAAUCAAAUACUUUCUCUUCAACAGGAUCUUGAGUCAGCUCAACAGGACCUGCGCAAUGCUCAGAGCGAACUAGAGGCGACGCGAUCGAUGUGCGACGCCGAAAUCGAGGCAGCUCAGGCAAUGUGCACAGCAGAAAUAGAAGCAACGAAAGCGAAGUGCACGGCUGAACUCGGCGUCAUAAAAGCAAAGUAUGCAGCGGAACUCCAUGUAGCCAAGGAAGAACACGCGGACGAACUUGAGGCCACCAAGGCUCAACUUUCCUUUGUCAAAUCACAGUUGGAUUCGACCAAAGCUCAACUUUCCUUUACAAAAUCAAAACUCGAGUGGGCCAAGGCCGAUCUUUCCUCAAUAAAGUCAUUGCUGGAUUCGGCCAAAGCUGAUCUCACCAACACGAACAAUAAACUCAAACGAACCACGGCGGAAUUGGAAUCAUCCAAGGAGGAGAUUGAGAAAUAUGUGGAAAUAAUGGCAUACAGAGACGGUCUCACCUCGCUGAUAAUAUCGGUCUACCAAGAGGAUAUACAGAGCGAAAAGGAACGAGGCAACGUCGAACUUGAGGAGAAACAGGAUCAGCUAAGCAAGAUAAAAAGCUCAUAUGAAAAAGAGAAGAAGGCAAAUACCAAGACCAUAAAACAGCUAACAAAUCAAGUUCAAAACCUCACCAACUCACAAGUGCAAGAAAAGGCCAAAAUAUACCAACUCGAAAGCGAGAACAUCAAACUGCGAAAACAACUCGAACAAUCGAAGACGCAAGCCCUAACAAACGAUGAAUUAACUAUAUUAGUCGAUGAUGCUGAGUUAAUGAAAGAAGAAAUUUCUAGGCUACAAGCCGAA